AUGCGUUUACAUGAGUAUUUGAUCCAAAUUGGAGUAAAGAAAAAUGUUUUAUUAAGAUUAUCUACAAAAGCAAAAAAGCUUAAUACAACAAGUUUAACCCUUGUAAAUGAUGAUAACUAUGAAAUAGAAACAUGUGAUCUUACUACUCUAGCAAGUGAUGCUUCCGAAUCUGAAGAAAAACUUGAUUUGAAUUUUAAUGAAAAAGGAUAUCAUGAAAGAGAAUAUAAUUUUAAUGAUGAUGAGUCUUUAUCUAGUGAAGAAGUUGAAUACGAAUAUAAUUAUAGUGUUUUUAUUAAAUCUGAAAAUAGAACAUCUCUUCCAGCAAAAUGGUAUAUUGCCAAAGUAUCUACAGUUGAUAAGCUACUCUCUAAAAUUCAUAUAAAUAUUGAAACUUUAAUGGGGAAUAAACUAGUUGAUCCAAAUGACUAUCGUAUUGCAUUCAAAUCUGAAAAAGCAGCUGGAGCGGAUAAUAAUAUUGUUUCAGAUUCAAGAAACAAAAAUUCUAUUUCUAAAACUUCAAAUCUAUCAUCACUUGAAUUAUCAAUUGCAAAAAAUGUUUUAGAAAUUUGCAAAGAAAACCAUUGUAUAAUUUAUAAUCGACCAUGCUUAAAUAAAAAUGGAGCUAAAGAAAAUCAUAUUAAAAUCACUUUCAUAAUGUUUUCGAUUUGGAAUAAAGCAAUGGCAUCACUAACAGAACCACCCACACAUCCUUUAUUCACAUAUAAACAUUUAACAAAAACAAAAACAUCUUCACAACUGCAAUCUACUAAUCUAAUACAACAAGCUAAUUUAAUGCAACAAGCUAGCUUAAUACAACAAUCACUUUUUCUGGGUCAACAUUAUAUACCAAAUUUAUUUUAUAAUCCAUUUUCAACAUAUAAUUCCUUUGGAAUACCUUUUUCAACACCAAUUCAAUUAUCUUUACAACAAACAUUAUCUAUAAUUGAAAAUUUUUUAAAAUUUGUAGAUGAAAGCAAAAAUACUAAAGAUUAUUAUCAAAAAUUUUUAUCAAAAUUUAAGCAAUAA